GCCUCGCCCACGUGACUCCCCAAGUCGGGACUCCACAAGCCCCGCCUCCCCGCGCCUCCCGGGCAGUUUGUCCGCGUCGGCACCUCCCUCGGCCCGCCCCCUUCCCCACGGAGAGACCAGGACAUAGAGAGAGGCAGACAGGACGAGUGGACGCAGGCGAGCGGGCGGGCUGCGAGAGGGAGCCGGGCGACGUGGAAAGAUGGAGGACUGAGCAGGCGCGCGCCUCCUCGGGCCGGCGGCGGCCUCUGCCCCAACCACCCUCUUCGGAGCCCGCGGCGCGGGAGCCGCGACUCACCCGAGUCAGGUUUUCUUGAAGAAAUGAAGGUUUAAGAGAUAUUUAUCUGCCAGAUCAAAAGAUGGGAGCAAACAGCAGCAGCAUUAAUGACCUUUCGGAAAAUGAAUAUCUGAAAAGGUUAUCUGGAACAGAAUCUAUCUCUGAGAAUGAUCCAUUCUGGAAUCAACUUCUUUCUUUUUCCUUUACUACACCAACUAACAGUGCUGAACUGAAACUCUUAGAGGAAGCCACCAUCUCAGUUUGCAAGUCUUUAGUUGAAAAUAAUCCUCGAACAGGCAACCUUGGAGCGCUCAUAAAAGUCUUCCUUUCUAGAACCAAAGAAUUAAAAAUUUCAGCAGAAUGUCAGAACCACCUCUUUAUUUGGCAGGCCCACAACGCUUUGUUUCUUAUUUCUUGUUUGCUGAAAGUGUUCAUCUGUCAGAUGCCUGAGGAGGAAAUGCAGCUUCAUUUUACUUAUGAAGAAAAAUCUCCAGUCACUUAUCAAGCUGACUCCGAAGAUCUCAUAGAAGAACUGCUUUGCUGCUUAAUCAAGUUAAUCAUUGACAUCCCACUCUUAGAUAUAACAUAUGGAAUAUCACUAGAGGCUGUGUCAACACUGGUCAUUUUCCUUUCCUGUCAGCUCUUCCAUAAGGAAAUUUUGAGACAGAGCAUAAGCCACAAAUACCUGAUGCAUGGACGAUGUCUUCCUUAUACCAGCAGACUUGUGAAGACCUUACUGUAUAACUUCAUUAGACAAGAAAAGAGACCUCCCCCUGGGACCCAUGUCUUUGAGCAGCAAUCAGACGGUGGAGGAUUGCUUUAUGGCCUUGCUUCAGGAGUAGCAACUGGCCUUUGGACAGUCUUCACACUGGGUGGAGUAGGAAGUAAACCAGCAUCUCAUCAGGAGCAGUCUUCACCUCUCGCCAGUCAGAGUCUCCUGCUACUGCUUGUGCUGGCCAAUCUCACUGAUGCUCCUGAUACACCAAACCCCUAUCGACAAGCCAUUAUGUCCUUUAAGAACACACAAGACAGCACUGCUUUUCCUUCUUCAAAUCCACAUGCUUUCCAGAUAAACUUUAAUAGUUUGUAUACAGCCCUGUGUGAGCAGCAGAAGUCUGAUCAAGCAACACUUCUUUUGUAUAUGUUAUUGCAUCAAAAUAGUAAUGUGAGGACAUACAUGUUGGCUCGCACAGAUAUGGAAAAUCUUGUUGUACCAAUUCUUGAGAUUCUAUAUCAUGUUGAAGAAAGGAAUUCACACCAUGUGUACAUGGCUCUUAUUAUUUUGUUGAUCCUGACAGAAGAUGAUGGCUUCAAUCGAUCCAUUCAUGAAGUGAUACUCAAAAAUAUUACCUGGUAUUCAGAACGAGUUUUAACAGAGAUUUCACUGGGUAGUCUUCUGAUAUUGGUGGUAAUAAGAACCAUUCAGUACAACAUGACAAGAACAAGGGACAAAUACCUUCACACAAAUUGUUUGGCAGCUUUAGCAAAUAUGUCAGCACAGUUUCGUUCACUUCAUCAGUAUGCUGCCCAGAGAAUAAUCAGUUUGUUUUCUUUGCUAUCUAAAAAGCACAACAAAGUUCUGGAACAAGCCACACAGUCACUGAGAGGUUCCCUGAGUUCUGAUGAUGUUCCUCUGCCAGAUUAUGCACAGGACCUGAAUGUAAUCGAGGAGGUGAUUCGAAUGAUGUUAGAGAUCAUCAAUUCCUGCCUGACAAAUUCCCUCCACCAUAACCCAAACCUGGUGUAUGCAUUGCUUUACAAACGGGACCUCUUUGAACAGUUUCGAACUCACCCUUCAUUUCAGGAUAUAAUGCAAAACAUAGACCUGGUAAUCACCUUCUUUAGCUCACGACUGCAACAGGCUGGAGCCGAGCUGUCAGUGGAACGAGUCCUGGAAAUCAUCAAGCAAGGAGCUGUUGCGCUGCCCAAAGACAGGCUGAGGAAAUUUCCGGAGCUGAAGUUCAAGUAUGUGGAAGAGGAGCAGCCUGAGGAAUUCUUCAUCCCCUACGUCUGGUCUCUUGUGUACAACUCAGCUGUCGCCCUAUACUGGAACCCACAGGACAUCCAGUUAUUCACAAUGGAUUCAGGCUGAGGGCCUGGACUGGCUUCUCCCCACCCCCCACCCCCACCCCACCCUACCCUGUGCAAAGCAACUCUUCUAGUCACCUAUUCCUGGAGGAAACAGACCUGUGCAUACUCUAGACCUGAGACUUACAGAGAAUGGAGCUUUCUAACCUUGUAUAGUUUUUGACUUUAAAAUUUCAUACCAGAUAGUAGGAGAGCACCAAGUAUAGAAUGUGACACAAAAAAGAAAAGGACAAAAAGGCACAAUAAGAAUGAAAAUCUGAUAUGUGACCUUUAAUUUGAUUUCUCAAAAGAAAACCUAGAGUUUAUCUAGAGAAUUGAUGCUUUAUGAACUCAGUAUAAUACUGCUUACUCCGUGUUCAGGUGUUCAGAGGGACUUUUUUGGGGGGGUGGGGAGAAGAAGUUGUUUGGGGUUUUUUGUUUGGGUUUUUGGUUUUUUUUUUGUAAUGCUAAGAAUGGGUAAAUGAGAAAAAGCCAAGUUAGCAAGCUGACUGAACAGGUAUUCAGGGAAAUGAAACUUAAAAGCAUAUAAAUCUGGUUACCUUUCAAGGAGGCCUCCUUUUAUUUAACCAGCUUUGUGUAUUUAUUUUCAUUUGCUUCUAAGUAAAUCAUCCUCCCAAAGAAGGAAAAGUAUUCCUGGUUCUAAAGCUGCCCCUGCUGUCUGAGCUGGAAGUAAAAUAGAGUCCAGGGGAAUGCCCGUGAAUUGAUUGACUAUUGGUCAUUGGGGGAAGGGGUUCAUUUUGAAAGCAACUUAUUUUGUUGUUUUCAGGGAGUUAGGACGAAGGGAGAAAGAUCAAUUCAAUCCAUUCAGUGACCAUUGAUUAAUCUCUAAGUUAGGUACUCUGCUAGGCCAGGCUUACAGAGAUGAAAACCACUGCAAUUACCACCACCACCACCCCUCCUCCUAGGGAUCAAGCCUAAUGGGGGAAACAACCAUAUACACAAAUAACUGAAUCAGGGUGGGAUAAGGUCAAAGGAGAGAGCCAAACAACGGGCAGUGAGAAAUUUAGGCAAGACUGUUGCAGCUAGGAUGGGAUUGGAGAGGCCUUCAUGGUGGAGGUGGCCCUAAUAGCCAAAUCCCUUUGAAGACAUUGGAUGAGAAAGCCUUCCUGUUUGCAUCCCUGCACUGAGCGGCUGAUCCAAACAGAGAGGGGAUGCUCAGGAAGGAGGCCCUGGGGACAGCGGGGGCAUGUUGGCCACCAUCUGACUUCAGCCUCCACCAUCUGCAGCUUGUUCAUCUCAGAAGCUGUAGACAUGAAUGUGGCUUCCUCAUAACUUGGGAGAAAAGGGAAAAAAAAUAUCUAAGCCACUACCAUUUUUCUGAAGGUGUUUUAACUCAUGUGGUCUUUCCAACCAAGAAAGCAAAGUGCCAGGCAGGCAAUGUUAGACAUGAGUCCUUUUUCAGACCUAAUAUCAUUUGGUGUCUUUCUGGGAGCAGCAUCUCCUCGCCUCAGGAUCAGAGGUCCAAAGUGACUUGAGCCUACUGGCUUUUUCAGAUGACCCUCUGACCAGCUUUUUUCACUCGGUCCCUCCCCACUCUAAAAAAAGGUCAGAUAUAUUGUGAGAAUUGACAUUUGUAUAGCGCUUCCUGCUAUUAAGGCCCCUUUUCUCUCUUUCCCAAAUUGAGCCUCCCAACAGCCACAGGCAUUAGAGCAGGUGGCAUCGUCUUCUUUUGUAUCCAGUCAUCCAGAGGCCAUGACACUUGCUGUGCUGACCUAGUUAAUGACAGCACCAGGACCUGGGCCCUGUGCUCCCUAGUCAGUCAGUAUCCCUCCCCCUAGGGCACAAGGCUCUUUUCGUGCUCCCACAGAAUCUCUCUUUUAGGUAAGCAUGCAUAGUAUUGGUGUAUGUAAGAUACAAAAACACUCAAUGUAGCGUACCCAGGAUAAUAUUCUUAGCUACUUUCCCCUUAGAUCUCCAGCUUUGGGAAAGAGGCCAUCUUAAAACCGAAACAGCAGACCUCUCAUUGUAGAAAGAGGAAAUCAUUUGAUUAUCAACUUAAGUAAAAGUUACAUUUAGAUUGGGCUUGGAAAACAGUUCAUAACUUUGAAAACAACGAGCUGAAUGACUUUGUGUGAUGGUUUGAGCCUUGUCCUUUCCCCAUUCAGGCACCAAGAAAAGACAUUUGGCAAGGCCACCCUACCUUCCCCCACUCCCCCCAAGACUUAGGGCCUGGAUGGGACUGUUGGUCCCUCACUAAAGUAUAGGAAAAGAGCUUCUUAAGGGCUACAGCAGGAAGAAAUGGUGGCUCUCUGGAGCUCAGCAGCCUUGCUGGUCAUUAAAGCUAGGGAGUCAAGGGAGAAGCAAACACAGCCAAGCUGCCAAGCUCUCCCCCUCCCCCUACCAUCUGGCCUUGCUGAGCUGAUGUUUUCCUGCGCCCAAGAGGAGCAAGUUGGUGUCCCAACAAAUCAUUUUCUUUCUGUCUCCCUUUUUUUAAUUAACCACACAGCGGAGGGAUUCAGCGGGCCAGCAACACAGCUGGGGCCAAAGCCUCCAACUAAAGUUGGAGAGAGGGACAAUUACCAGAGCUACAUUGCCAGCCUGAGGGGUGGUGGAGGCUGGGAGCCAAGGUACAUGAGUCGGCCUGGCUCUCACGCUCACCCUGCACCACUGUCUCUCGCUCGGCUCUGGAAAACCAGCCACCUUAGACACCCUUCCUUCCAUACUCUGUGUGAGAGACUUAUUGUCUCAUAAUAAAAAAAAAAGGAGGCAAAUAACUCAGAUUACUCCUGUAUUCAUUGUGCAUGCCAACUUGCUCACAGUAGAGGAGGGGGAGGGGGAGUAGGGGAAACAGUCAGAAUCUUUCUAGUUAUUUUAGCAGGAGAUAAUAAAAUUGCGCUGUUUUCACUGGGCAGGGCUCUUGUACUCAGGUGGAAAUUAUUUACCUCUUACUUCGGCCAAGAGAAUGAAGUGGUGAUGGAGCAUGGUUUUUGUUCCGUGCAGCGCUCUGGCACAAUAUUUAUUUUUAUGCCUUUUCUUCCCCUUUCAGCAGCUCAUUCCCUAUCGAGAUUUCAAGGCAUUUUUGGUUUGUUUCGUUUUUAAAAAGAGAAGAGCAAGACUUAGCUCUGACCAACUCACCUCCCCAGCCUGAUAUGAUUAAUAAUAUUGGACUUAUUAAAUGGAAUUUGCUUCACAGUUCA